UUCCCAGUCAAACCCAAACCUCUCACUGUUGGCCUGGAGCUCACAGCUCUUGGCCUCAUGCCUCUCUUGGUUAAAGCUCUGGCACUUGUCUGCCCUGCAGCUGUGCCCUCCGUACCUCCUCCUCGCUGCACGGAUCUGGGCCGUGCCGGGAUGCUGUCACUAGCCUUUUAGCCUUGUGGAUGCAAGUCCUGGGCAGCACAUUGCAUUGUCCUUCCCCCCACACCCCUUCUUCCAUCAAACUCCUGGAGUUUCCUUGGCAACCCCCUAACACAAAUCCUGACUGUAAAAAAGCAGGAUGAAGCAAGGACAAAGGGCAAGCUCUGGGAGUCCUUGUGCCCAGACAGCAGCGAGAGGAAAAAAGGCCUCUUCCCUUUAAUCAACACCCAGGGCUGCUGCCUUUUGCUGUCCCCUCUGUUCCCAUGGCAGACCACACUAAAGGAGCCCCCAGCCUGGUUUGCUCACGGAAAGCCGGGAGGCCGCCGCGCUCCUCAGUCUCCCAGCUGUUGCCAUCCCAGACGGCGCGACUUGCUCUCACUCCGGACUUUGGGAUUUGCGCUGGUGGAAAGCGAUGGCGAAGAGCAGCCCGAGGCACUGCCUGCGCCUGCUGUCCGGGUGGCUGGUGCUGUUCAGCUUUGUGGUGGUGGAGGUCUCAUCCAUCGAGACAGUGAGCCUGGUGGAUUUCUGUGGCCAGACGCUCCAGGACCACGGCAUGAUUGUCACCUCUCACCGGGACUCGCGGCGCUAUUACUUCGUGGCCGUGGGCACCGAUUGCCACCUGGUCAUGCAGGCCGCGGCCCCCCGCGACAAGGUCCAGUUCCAGUUCCGGUUCUUCCUGGUGUACAGCCUUCUGCGCCUGCCCCUGCCUGGCGGCCCCGCACCGAGCACCACCGCCACCCUGCCACCCCUGGGCAGCCCGAGGCCACCGCAGACCCCGCCGGGGGGCGACCGGGAGCCACCCGACCCCUGCCAUGCCGGCUCCUACGUGCAGUUCUACGACGGCCGGGGACGGGCGGCCGAGCCCCUGGGGCGCCCGCUGUGCGGGAAGAGCAUCCCUCGGCCUGUCCUGUCCACCGGGAACUUCCUGACGCUGCGCCUGGUGACGCGGGGCCAGCAGCCACGCGUGGACUUUGUGGGCGACUUCACGUCCUUCCGGCUGGGCUUCAACAUGUCGGGGUGCGGCCAGGAGCCCUAUUUCCCCUGCCGCAAUGGCAAGUGCAUCCCCCAGAGCCUGGUGUGCGACAGCGCCGGUGUUGACAACUGCGGGGACGGCUCCGACCAGGCUGCCCGCCCCCCGGCCAGCUGCAAAGGUCCGGCCCCCACCGCAGCACCUCUCCAGACUGCCGGGGCCCUGGCAGCCAGCUCCCCUUCCAGCUGCGGGAGGCCAGAGAAGAGCCAGUCCCCACCCCGGGACACCAACCUCCAGGAGGACGCUGCUGCAGGUGGGCGGCUGGCUCUGCCGGCCCUCUCGGCGCUGCUGGGGGCUGCUGCGGGUGCUGGUCUCCUGCUCUGGUGCUGCUGCAGCCCUGGCUGGCUCGUCUGGAGACUCGGCGCCUGCCGCUUCCUGCCCGGAUGCAACUCAGCCUGCGCCGCCUGCCAGCUCUGCCCGCGCAGCUGCGCCCGCCGUGGCAAGGUGGCCCCACGCCACCUGCCCGCCUGACCCCUCUGCAGCCAGGCCCUGCCCUUCAGCCCCUCUCUGCGGGGCGUGAGCCCUGCUGGGGCUGGGGACACCAGGCAUUGCCCUCAGCGCUUGCCACCCUCACACCCUCUCUGGCCGGCACGUGCUCUCUUCCCAUCACACUCCCGGAGCCCGUGGUUCCCUGCUCCAUCCCACACUGCCCCCCGGCCACUGUACCACCGGGCUGGCAGGGCUGAGGCGCCAGUGAGGGGCUCCAGUGUGGGGUCUCGGGCGAGCUGCCUCCUGCCACAGGGCCCUGGGGAAGGAGGGAGCUGGACCCCACCCAGGACGGUCUCCCCCAGCAUGCAGGAUCCUUGGCCAGCAGGGGGGACAUGACCAGGGCUGGGCGCCUGUGGUGAAUAAAGCAGCUGUGUCCAAAGUGUGUUUGCAAAGCAGACCCCGCGGUGCAGCAGGGAAGCCGGCACCCAGCAGCCACGUUUCCAGCAUGCCGGG